AUGUUCUCGUCGGCGCUUAAAUCACUAAGCUCUAACAUCACAGCCAACUACCAGGUUUCCCCGCAUCCCGCGUUAGUUUGCGGUCCCUGGAAGAUUCAUGAUGGAAAAAAGAAAUCGACCGGUACCGCAGCUUCUAUUUUCAUAUUCGACAAGAAGGUUCUGGAGCCUCGAUCUGGCAGCCUGGGAGGUCGGUCCGGGGCAUCGAUAAAAAAGCUGCAGGAGGAAGUUGUUGAGCGCCUAAAGCGGGAAGCUGGUAAUCUCGCUCGUCUGAGACACCCUUCUAUUCUACAAGUGCUCGAGCCUGUUGAAGAAACGCGCAAUGGCGGUCUCAUGUUCGCAACAGAGAGAAUCACCGCAUCCCUCGCCGGGCUUCUGCAGGAGAAGGAUUCGCAAGAAAACAGCGGAAGGCUAGGCCCGGCGUCUUCGCGGUACAUAGUGGAAGAGCAUGACGGCUCACGGAGGCGGAGGGAUGUGGAGAUUGAUGAAUUAGAGAUACAAAAGGGACUGCUCCAGACCGCAAAGGGGAUAGAGUUCCUUCACGAGUCCGCCGGCUUAGUUCAUGGCAACCUCAACCCAGAGGCCAUUUUCAUCAACGCCAAAUCUGACUGGAAAAUAUCUGGCCUGGGCUUCGCCGGUCCAGCGGACACAUCCAACUCCAAGUCAACUCUACCUCCUUUAGCUCUGUCGGAAGUUCUUUACCAAGACCCACGCCUUCCACCAUCUGUUCAACUGAAUCUGGAUUACACUUCCCCUGACUUUGCUUUGGAUUCCAACGUUAACCCCUCCGCCGACCUUUUCUCCCUUGGACUUAUAAUUAUAGCCCUCUAUAACUCGCCUCAUGCUUCUCCAUUAAAGUCCCACGGUAGUCUGGACGCGUACAAGCGACUGCUCACAUCGCCGUCAACGACUCCCUCUCAAAGCAACAACUUUCUUUGUUCCGGCUCGAUACCGAAGGACAUUCUUACGCAUGUUCUGCCAAGGUUAAUAACUAGACGACCCGCGCAGCGUCUUACUGCUCGAGAGUUUCAGCAGUCUCAAUAUUUUGACAAUAUACUUGUAUCAACUAUUCGGUUCCUGGAAUCACUGCCAGCCAAGAACCCAAAUGAAAAGGCCCAGUUUAUGCGUGGCUUGCAACGGGUGCUACCUGAGUUUCCUGUUUCCGUCAUGGAGAAAAAGCUUCUGGGGGCUCUAUUAGACGAACUUAAAGACCGUGAACUCCUCUCACUCAUCCUGCAAAAUGUCUUUGCAAUUCUGAAGCGCAUUCCCAAUGCGCGUCGUGCACUCCCUGAAAAAGUGAUUCCGCAACUCAAAGAGAUCUUUCCGGCAGGAAAAGGCGCUUCCCAGGAGCGGGAUUCGAAAAAAGAUGCGGGGCUUAUGGUAGUUCUCGAGAAUAUGACUGUUAUUGCUGAAAAUUGUCCUGGCAAGGAGUUCAAGGACGAUAUCCUACCUCUGAUCCGCUUAGGAUUUGAUUCGCCUACUCAUACCCUAGUUGAUGCUGCUAUCAGGUGCCUGCCCGUGAUCCUCCCCGUACUCGAUUUUAGCACUGUGAAGAACGAGGUUUUCCCUCCGAUUGCAUCUACUUUCAGCCGCACGAACAGUCUUGCCGUCAAAGUACGCUGUCUGCAAGCAUUCACUGUGCUUUGUGGUGGCUCCGUGGAUAAUAAGGAUGAUACCAGUGAUGACUUGUCCGGCAUUGUCGAAAUGAACAAACCACAACAUACGAAAUCGUCUAUUCUAGACAAGUACACUAUUCAAGAGAAGCUCGUUCCGUCCUUGAAAGCAAUCAAAACGAAAGAACCGGCUGUUAUGAUGGCGGCUCUAGGCGUCUUCCAGCAGGUCCAGAAAGUUGCGGAUUCUGAUUUUCUCGCCCUUGAAGUUCUCCCUGUCCUCUGGAGUUUCAGUCUUGGACCGCUUCUAAACUUGAGCCAGUUUAGCCAAUUCAUGGCUCUAAUCAAGAGCAUUUCCUCAAAGGUUGAGCGCGAACAAAUGAGAAAACUUCAAGAAUUGUCUUCAGGUGAUUCUUCUGGGUUUCAGAAUGGGCCAGCAUCCGCUUCGAGAAACUCGGGCAGUCUUGCGCAAUCCGAGACAGAAUCUACAAGAGAUAAUUUCGAGCGUCUAGUUCUUGGACGCGGCAUAGCUGAUUCAAAUAACCAGGGAAACGAUCUUUGGUGUGGUUUAGUUUCGGAUACGUCAGCUGCACAAGCAUCUCCUGUUUCGCAGUCAAAUUCCACGACGUUACCCUGGCCUUCGGCCACAGGUUUUGCUGGUAGACAGCCCAGUAUAACCGCUCGUUCAGUGACUCCUGAUACUAAAUUGAGUUCUUUUCCAUCUUUGCAGCCGACUGGAGUGCAGUCCUCGUCGGGGACCCCAUCAUUUCCAGCUCUCCAGCCCUCGGUGAACCCUUGGGCGACGGUAAACACACAUAGCCAUCAAAUUCAGCCCUCUGGGGCAAGUCCCUCUAUUGCAUCAUUAAUGAGUUUGAAUUCGUCGAGCCCUUCUUUACCGAGGACAGACAUGCAAACAACGCCAAAAUACUCUGCGUUCUCAAUACCACCUCCACCUUCUACACAGAACGGUGCUGCUUCUGCGAACAGUCAACUCCCAUUUGCUGGGAGUAUCAGACAACAGUCCCCAUUCUUGAGCAACGGCGUACUGCAAACGCAGCAAGGAACCCAGAAACAGGGGCUUGACAAAUAUCAAAGCCUAAUAUGA